CUUUUCAGAGCGUACGCGGCUCUCCCACCUCCCCAAAUUCCCCGCCGCCCUUCCCUGUGUCCAGCGACCUCCCCGCUACCGCCGAAUCCCAACCAUCUGAACAGCGGCGGCUUACGCCGACAAGAGCUCGACAAGAGCGAAGUCUCAAUCGUCCGGAGUUCGCUCGCUUUGGAGUCUCCGCGAGCCGGCCGCAGUAUUGGAAGCCGAGGGGGUCCUAGGGUUAGCGCGCAUCCAGCUUGCGAGUAUCUCUCCCUUUCUCCGAUUCUGUGGUUCAGACUUGUGCUCGCUGAAAUAUGGAGAUACAGACUUCAGGCAAGCCAAUUAAUAUGCUGAUGGAGAAGGUUCUUUGUAUGAACAUUCUCUCUUCCGAUUACUUCAAGGAGCUCUACAGGAUGAAGACCUAUCAUGAGGUCAUUGAUGAGAUCUACAACCAAGUUGAUCAUGUGGAGCCUUGGAUGACAGGCAAUUGCAGGGGGCCCUCCACUGCGUUUUGUCUCCUCUACAAGUUCUUCACAAUGAAGCUAACCGUGAAACAGAUGCAUGGUUUGUUGAAGCAUCCUGACUCUCCGUACAUUAGAGCUAUAGGAUUCUUGUAUCUUCGAUAUGUUGCGGAUCCGAAGGUUCUAUGGACAUGGUAUGAGCCUUACUUGAAGGAUGAUGAGGAAUUCUCUCCUGGAUCUAAUGGUCACAUGACAACCAUGGGUGUAUAUGUGCGUGAUCUUAUACUUGGGCAGUACUACUUUGAUAGUAUCCUUCCAAGAGUUCCUGUUCCAGUAAUCCGUCAAGUAACAACCAACCUUGAGAAGAUGAAGCUGCCGACUAAGCUUUCUGGGGUGACUGGAGAAUCCCGUCACGUAUCAGAAGAUACUGCCCGUCGGCCCCCUUCUGUAAAAGCUUCUCUGUCAGUUUCGUUUGGACAGCGUGCUCCACACCGAGCUUCCACUAGGGAUUCAUCCCCAGUUCGGCGAACAAUCACCCAAGAUGACUAUCGAAGAUCAUCCUCACCAUUUUGUCGUAGUGGAAGCCGGGAAGGUCCUUAUGAUGAUCGUUCGAGCCGUGACCGAGAAACUGACAGGUCAAGCCGUGACCGAGGAACUGACAGGUCAAGCCGUGACCGAGGAACUGACAGGUCAAGCCGUGAAAAGGAUUAUGAUAGCGACAUCAGAGAUUAUCGCCAUCAUGACCGUGAUAGCAGGGAUCGUGACUAUCACAGGUCCAGGCAUUCAGAAGAAAGAAGAGAUUACCGAAGGGAACAUGACAAUAGCAGAUACAGACGCUACAGCCAUAGGAGCAGAAGCCGUAGUCGCAGCAGGAGCCGGAGCAGGAAUGAGCAUGGGUCAAGCCUGUUUGGGGAUAAGAACAAAGAGAAAGCUGGGGCUGCCUCGAGCAAUCUAGCAAAGCUGAAGGAUCUGUAUGGUGAUGUAACCGAGAAGAAGGGCGAUUGUGAUGCCAAACGUCUUCACCAUGAUUCUUGCGCAGAGGAGGUUAUCAAGCUGGGUGGUCCCAGAUGGAAAUAAAUUUGAACAUGCAAUUCUGCAAUUUCCCCAUUCACGGUGAUCUUGGUACACCAUUUGAUCUGCCAGCAUAUACAUUCGCGAGGUCCAUGGUCAAAGCUUUGUAAGCACUUGGUACUGAAUGUCUGUUUCGUACAUUUCCCUGGACUUUGAAAUCAUUUUGUCGUUAACACAACGUAGUUGUAUUGAGUUUAAUGUCUGCCUUGCCAACGUGAUGACGCCUGAUGUUAAUGCAAAAUGAAGUUGGUUUA